AUGAACAAUUUGAAUGAUCCCCCCAGAUGGAACAUCCAGCCUGACCCUGGAGGGAGGGAGGGGGCUGCUGGGGAUGGGAACCAGUGGAACUACGCUCUGCUGGUCCCCAUGCUGGGGCUGGCUGCUUUUCGUUGGAUCUGGACUCGAGAAUCUCAGACGGAGAUCCAGAGGGUUAAAGCUCAGUAUGACAAAGAUGUGUCCACAAUAAAAAGCGAGAUGGAAGCACGUUACCGGGACACACUGACAGAGAGCAGCAGGACAGUGGCCACACUAGAGCUGGAACUGGAGAAGGAGCGGCAGAGGGUGAAAGGCUACCAGCAGGCUCUGGUCUCACACACUCAGCAUCUCAUCCAGGAACGGAAACAGCUGGAGAAGGAGCAAGAGGCGUUAAAUGGUGAGAAGCAGAGGUGGAUGAAAUCUGGCGCUGCAGGCGCGGCGCUGCAUGACGCCCUGGAGAGAGAAAACAGCUGGUUCCAGAGGGCCACGGCUGCUCUGAAGGAGCUGGAGGGCAUGCUUGUGGAGCGACAGAACGCCUACUGCUCCGUCAUCCAACCUCGAGAGCAGCGGCUAGAGAUGGAGAAGAACAUGCUGCUGAAGGUGGUCAAGGAUCCUACGGUGGCAGAGCUGAACCUGGAGUCGGACCUGAAGGACAUUUUUAAGAGAGACAAACACUGUGCAGAUCUGCUCAACAUGGACAAGAGGAAGAACGGCAGCCUGAUGUGGGUCUACCUUCAGUACUGGCAGCUGCAGAUCACGAUGCAGAAGCACAAAAGGGCUGAAGAGGCCGUAUCAGCCGGGAAAGUUCAGAGUCACAGGGAGUGAGGACAAAGCAAAGGAAAAUGAAAGUAACGAUCAGCUGGUUAUUAAUGGCGUUGGGUAAUCUAGGAAUGGAACUGCUCAUUUUUUCCAACUCUAAGUAUCUUCAUUCAGUAGGAAUAUUAUGCAAACACCUGAGAGAUAAUCUUAUCCAGUUAAUGUUCAGAACAUUUCAUUGCUUGUGAUUUAUGAGUUUAAAGAACACAAUCAUAAAAUAAUACCAUCAGAGGCCUCAGUAAGAUUCAGUAGAUUUUAAUUAACUGUGCUAAGUUAGCAGGACUCAUCAGAACUGAUGCUUUCCAUCAAAUAAGACUCAACUCAAGUUGCACAAAAUAAUAUUAUUUUAUUAUUUUGUCUUAGAUAUAAAGUUAAGGCACCUUCAAAACAUCAUUUUGUGGAAAGACCUGAGUUGUUUGAGGACACUGCAAAUAUGUUUAAAAUAAAACGAAAUAUCUGAUUGUUGACACUGU